GUUGUUGUCACCAAUUUUUUUUAUCAUAAACUAUUAAAGUGGUAAGAUCUGGGUCCACAGACUUGAAAAGGAGGUACACGAACUCGCGACAACUCAUUUUGUAUCCACAACACGAUGAGUUCACUUUUUCUAGUAAUCUGUUCAUAAUAAUGAGUUGCAUUUUUAUUGAAAAGGAAUGAAAACUGAAAUUUUGAACUUGGUUGGGAGUAAUAUGAUAACAAUCAAAUGAUCGCACUUGAUUUUCUUUUUGUUACCGUCGUAUUAUUAUGAAUUCUAGAACGCUUGACACAAAAGUUCUAGCCAACUCAAAAAUUAAACAAAACAAAAACAUUUCUAGUUUACAGAAAAGAUACAAAACGGAUGUGACGUUAACUCCUUAUCCAAUUUCCUCAACGAUUUCCAAUUCGUCAGUGCUUGAGGAAAGCUUUGAUCCUACAAUAAUUCUUCUUUCUGACGAAGACGAAGAUAAAACACGUCAUAAUACAGAUAUCCAUCUGAACCUACCACUCCCUAUCCAAGAGAUCCCCUCGUUUGAGCUCUCCGUACUUCGAGCACUAAGCGUAUGGAUCUCUGUGGCUCAAGACUGCCAAAACAGAGAGGAAUGUAUUCCGUAUUUUGAAUCUUCCAAGCUUUCCUCUUAUAUCCGUUCUUUGCAAUACAGUUCUGGUUCCCAUACGACAGUAGUGAAAUUAUUAGAUGAGCAGAUGCUGACCACUGGAUUAUUGCUUGUUGAAAGCUUUUCUUCUUUUUUCUCAAACGUAGAUGGGUCAUAUUGUCUCAAAAAAUGUUCUCAACAAAAAAAUAUUCUCGUCACAUUAGAGGAUCAUCAAAAAAGAUUACGUCAAAACAUUGACCUUCUAGGAUGCCUAGAUGUUGUACUACUUCUUGCUGCGUUACCAUCCUCCACCCUUUUAUAUCAUUAUUCAAAACGGAAUAAUUUUAUUUUGUUUGUAACAAAUUUUUUGCGAUUAGAAUGCCUGGAGUUUUGGGAAUAUUAUUCACGUCGGAUUCAUAAGAAGUCAACGUCUGAAAAAGAAAAUCGAAUACAAUUAUUUGGACAUCAGAACCACCUUGAAUUUUUUUCCGAAUGUAACAAUCAAAUUUUAAAUUCUACAAUUCGUUUAAACUCUAGCUUAAGUCUUUUAGUGUCCACGCAUACUUUUCCCCAAUCAGUGCUUCACGGAAUCGUAUCUCUUUUUGUCAAAAGUCUACAACAUCCUUGUAUUCGUUCACUGAAAAAUGACAACUUGGAUAGUUGCUCCGAUGAGUUGUUGCAGGCUUUUAACACAUGUGUUAUCGAUUCUAUUCUCUUUAUCUAUGCCCAUUCACGUUCACUUACUUGCUUUAUUGAAACAUCGUUGAUUGAUUCCAUCCCGCAGUGUGUUUCCGGUCAGCAAUAUGCAACAUUUAAAAAAAACAAUCCCUCUCCUAUAGUCACUUUAUUACUCAAGUUACCAAUGUAUUCAUAUCAAAAAAAUAUGAGUGAUGAUAAGAAAAACAUUUCUUUUCUCCUUUGCAACGAGACCGAAGCAACAAGAAUAUUAAAACAGCGUUAUCAAGAUAUCAAGGCUUGUGUUGAUCGCUUGGUCUUACAGAUAAUAAACAAGACUUUUUCAUGUUCGAUUUAUUCUUCAAUAGAAACAAAACCUCUUAAUAUACCAAAUUCAGUUUAUCGCAGCCGUCAUCAAUUGUUGGUCAUAAUAAAGUCGAUUUUUUUUGCUUUAGAAACGUUUUUUUACCCAACAGCCACACUGUAUAUACAACAAUUUUCUCACGUUCUGUAUCAAUUUGCGAUCUAUAAUAUUAAUAGUACUGAAUCCAGAAACAAACGAUCUCUUGUUUCCUCACAUUAUUUGAAAAUGAAUUCACAAGUUUUGUCUGUUACAACAAUUGCCCUUAAAAUUUUAGGUUAUAUGACUCAGCGUUUACUACAUUUUUGUGAGUCAACAUUGAAGAGUUCCACUGAACAUCGUCCUUUAAUCAAAAUUGAAACUGAUUCUCUUUUGUUUGUAAAGAGCUCAAGUAACAUUCACACUUACUGUAACGUGUGUUCUUCUAUAUGUGAGUCGCGUCAUUCUUUAAAUACUGAACAAGAGGAACCAUCUGAAAAAGCUCAAAACUUAUGCAAUGCUUGCUAUUCCAAGACAACAUGCGCUGAGUUUGUAUUUCAAACAACUCUACCUAAAAUCCAUCACACUGAGCAACAGUCUCACUUGUGUACUUUUUUUGAAAAAUUAACAGGAAUCUCUAAAGAUUUUUUUGGAGAUAAAAGUUUGCAGGAUGAUUCCCUGAAAUUCUCCCUUUCAAAUAUACGAUCAUUACCUUUGUAUCCAAGUUACUGUCUAGCCUUCUUAUAUCAUUUUUACUCGUAUGUCUCACUGCAAUCCGCAACAUACGAAAGCCAAUCUGUUAAGUUGUCACGAAACAAUCUCAAACACUCACACCCAUAUUCUUCUCCCAUUCCUUCCUUUCAUUUGACUGCCUACGCGAGACUACGAGAAACCAUAAUAAUUUUAAUGUUCAUAUGGCUAGAAGACUAUUUCCGAAAUGAUUUAAAAACGGAAGAUAUUUUAUUUAAAGAAACUUUAUCUAAAGAUAUGAACAUUGCAAAGAAUGACAAGAUUUCUGUCACAAGAGUUGAAGCAGAAACAGUUCAAAACAAUGACUUUUUUUCUGAUUUGACAAGAAAUUUUUUUACAAUUCUUAUGGCAGAGUAUUUCUUGACAUCAGAUACACCCACGCAUAUUGCUCAAAACCUCUCCUGUUUUGACAACACGGGAUAUUUGACUCCAUCAUUGCCACAAAGUACCGAAGAGCUUCAUCUGGGUCUAUUGUUUAAAAAGUGUAUAACACCAAUCGCAAAUACAACGAAAACGAUACUCAUACGAAACCUUCUUUAUCUUCAAACAAAUGCCUUAAAAUCAUUCAAUGACUCAACGCUUCAGGUGUUAGGAAAUUGCUGUUUGGAAAACAUUUGGUUGUUUCUCGAUUCGGACUAUGGUCUUCAAGUCGUUAACAUUAUGCUGAAAGCAUUUCAAAAUACUUGUUCUGAAUGUUUUUAUAUGCUUGUUUUUUUUAGAAAAUUAUGGAGACGUUUAUCUUUGUUAUUUCCAAAUACUUGUUUUUUUCAAAAAGUUAUAAUACAGUUUCAAUCCAUGCAAAGGGUUCCACAUAUCAUGGAUCAGGCAUUAACGAUUCCUUCGUUUCUUUGUCAAAAUGAUUGUGAAACGUUUUUCACCGCUUUAAUGGAGCAAGAUUCUAGCACCACCCAUCAUAAAAAAAUAUUAGAGUCUUCUUUUACAAGCAUUUCUUCACCCAUGCUUCGUAAAAAUGCAAUACAAUGUGACGAUUUAUUUGUAUACAUUCGUUUAUUAGAAAUACUUUUUCGUCUUUUUUUGCCAAUAGUCAUUGGUUGCUUAGAACAUGAUUCUUUAUUGAUACGCUCAGAGGCAUGUAGUGUUCUUGAACAUGUCGUUGACAAACUCCCUCGAUGCAUUUGGUUUUUGCCUUCUCUUCUAUCCAGAAUAGUUGUUAGACUGAAUCGACCAGAAGAAAGCCAUGUUUUUCGUUAUACUGCAGCAAAAAUUUUUAACAAAUUCUUUUUUGCAAAGCCACUUUCAAUAAUUUUACAGGAGGAAAAAAAUUUACCUUCUUCGUGCUUUACUACAGAAGACAUGGAUGCGUUUAUUAAAGUUUUUUACUUAUGCCGCGAGUUCACCAGUGAAAAAACCACAAGUACAUUGCCUUCUCAUUCAACAGAAUCGUUGGAAGCAUUAUGGUUACUUUUAAAAGAAAAACUGAAUGAUCAAGUUUUACAUUCCGAGAGUGAUGAAAAAGACAAAAAAGAAAACUUUCUACCAGAAAAAAAGAAAAAUUCGUUUAAAAGAAAAAGUCAAAUCGUUUUGAUAGGGCGCUCCAUUGAAAAUCGCUUACCAAUAUUAACUCAAAUUCUAUUGUAUGGUCUUGCAACUCAACGUUACUCUUUAAACAAUUUAUAUCUUUUGUUUAAAACACUUUUUUUUAAAAGUCUUGAAAUGUUCGUUCAACAAAAUAGAUUACAAAAUACUACCAAGUCACAAGUAACUGUCGUUAUGUACUUAAAAGGGAUCCGUUUACUAUUUCAAACAGGAUUUUCCGAUAUCAAUUAUAUUAAGCAUCUUUUAUGUCAUUUUCAUAGAAAACUUGAAACAAAACAAGAUACUAUAAUAGUACGCGAGCUUUGUCAUAUUGUCACGGAUAUGCUUUUAAAUCAUUCUCGUAUCCAAAACUUCUCUCAAUGGAGCACACCUAAAAAUUCUUCUGAAUUAUCUUCUGAAACAAUGAAACAUUUUUGCACUCUUCAAGAUCUACUAUUAGAUCAUUUGGUAACUUCAGGAAGCCGUUUUUUAUUAACUAUUGCCUUGCAGUGUCUUUGUCUAUCUGUGGGAUGUUUAACAAAAAAUUACAGCCAUAUUAUUGAACCUCUUAUUUCUGACAGCCUCACCCUAUUGAUUCCCUUUUCUUUUAUAAACAAACAUCCAAAACUGUAUAGUGGAGUGAAUUUUUUUAAUCUUUUGCGUUAUGGAAUAACUUGUCUUACAAGACGUCACACUGGAAUGAACUCAGUUAAUGUGAUAGUGGAUCCUAAUAACGAUGAAUUAUUGAAAAAACAAUUUUUUUUUGUUUUUGAAGGCUAUAAAAGACGUGUUUGGAUUCUAGGUGUUUUAUCCUCUAUUGUUGAUUUCGAAAACGAUAUUACUCAAAAUAUGCGUGCUAUGUGUCAAACGUUAAAAACAACUUCACCCCAAAAUUCCGAUAAUAACACUUCACCUUAUCGUACACGUCUCGAUGAUAGAAACGAAGAGAACGUUACUACCCAAUUAUUACGUAUUUCAUCGUCUAUAUCUUGCACAAAAAACACUCUUUCAAAUGAAACUCACACCACUUGCGUUGACGAUACAUAUUCAAACUAUACGUUAAAGGAGAAUCCUUUAUUUAUUUUUCGAAACCUACUAAAUCAAAAUCCUGAUACUCGAGCCGAAUCAUUAUUUGUCUUAAGCCGAAUUGUUUCUUCUACAACAAACAGUAUUUUAACAAAUUUUGAAUUAACACAAUGUUUCUUUUCCGAUAAUAUUUGGUUUCCCUUCUUUGAAUCUUUAACAUUAUUUUUAAUUCGAUUUUGUGAUAAUUCAAGUCAAUUCUUUUUUGAUAUAUUAUGCAAUCUAGGCCAAACCUGUCCAUUUUCUUUAAUCAAAUUGCAUUUCACAAAUGAGGAGAGCACAAUUUUACAAUGUCUUUUGCUGCAAAGUCUUGAGAUGUUUUUGACACGCCAUCACCAAUAUUUGUGCAGUUCAAAAUUUGUCACCCUUAUGACAUCUAAUCUGUAUGACUUUAAUAACCUUAAACUCCAGCUUACAGCUAUUUGUAACAUCAUAAGCCUUAUGGACAAACUAAGUGAACAAUGCCUUUCUUCUCAACCGUUAGUGGUGUAUUGGAUACAUCUUCAUUUUAUAAGCCGCGGUUAUUACAUUAAACCAAAAGAUGAAAAAGAAAUUCGAACAUUUAAUAUCCAAUCUGUAACAUUUUCUAUUGUUAUUUUGAAAAAAGAAAAUUAUACAGAGUUUAAAAACAGUCAAUUGGCUUCAUUAGAAGCUAUUUUUAAACUGCAUGACAAAGGACUUGUUAACCCUUCUUUAGUAACGGAAAUUUUUUUUAGUCUUAUUUUUCAUAUGGAUAGUUAUUUGCGUUUCAAAGCUCUACAUUAUCUUAAGGAAGCUACAAAGUUGAACUUUAUGGAGUCUUUUUUAUUUACACGAAUGCCCAAUAUUUUGAAUCACUCUUUUCUUACCAUGAUUCUAUCGGCUUUUCAUUGUCGUCAAGAUAAGCUCCAAAAUGUGUGUGCCAUUUGUGGUUUGUUUGACAUAACAGCGAACCACUCAUUUCCAUUCACGGAGCUUUUCAACUUUUAUAAAGAACGUUUACAUGAUUUUUCAGACCAGAAAUCUUACUGUUUACGAACCAUGGAUGCUUUGGUGACGUCGCUUCAUGUGGGAGUGGAACCGUUCGUUUGUUUUGUUUCAAGCACGCUAUUGAAUGCCAUGACUUAUAUGAAAUGCGAAUGCGCCAGCAGUUUAGUUCUGAAAAAUCUAUCUCUCAAUUUCUCACUUUCAAAUUCCACUAGUAUUCAUCUACUAAUUCAUGUCUUUUUUUUGCAAUGGAUUGCUACUCUUCUGGUGUUGUUUCCCUAUGAUGACUCCAGUCAAAUUACGCACGUUCUCAAUAAUUUAACGUUGAAUCUCUAUAAUGACGUACGAGUUACUACUUUUGUUAAUUUUUCGUUCCACUCAACCCUAAACAUAUGUGACACAAAACAAGACAAGAAAAGUAACUUUCUUUGUGAAGGUUGCUCCACAGACAGCACGGAACAUUCGAAUUAUUUUCUUUUCAUAAAUACUCAUAAAAGUUUUAAGGAAAAUUGUCACCCUUUUGUUUCAUAUUUUUUCAAAUAUAAUUAUCUUGAAGAGAAUCUUAUUGAUUACUUUCUACAAUGUCUCCAGAAAUUCUCAUUAUUUUGCCAAACCUGUCAAUUCGUUAACACAUUUAUCUUCUCUAUUCAUCUUGCGGUUAUUAUGGGAGUCGUUGAUACACUUUUUUGUCUUAAAACAAAUUUAAUACAACAAUUCAACAUUAGUACUGAAUCCCAAAAUGGCGCUACUUCUGUAGGUACAUUAAGAUCACGAAAUUCUGCAUUACUUCAUGUUGAAUCUUCACCUCCAACAUGGUUUUCUCCCUUCGUACAAGCAGCCGUAGAACAAUUAUGGGAAGCCUUUUUCACAAUCAAAAUUUUCUCGGCAUUCUUCACUCGCAUUCAAACGAUCACUAACACACUCGCCAAAAAUCUUGACAUUGACAAAUGGUUGACUCAAGUGAGCGACAAUGAAUCUUCUAAACGUCUCAAACCUAAAAGGCAUUUGAUAUUGAAGAAGCAAAAACCUGCUAAACUUUACAAAAAAAAAAAAUUUUAAACAACACUGUAUACGACGGACACUCCAAAUCCUUAUGCUUCUAUGAUAUUUGCAGUAUCACUUUUCAUGAACUCUCUGUUUUUCUCUUUGUCUAACGUAUUUUAUUAAAAGACGAUAGAAUGAUCUUUUUGUUCAGCCUCAUAAGAAUAAAAAAUCUAAACAAUUUCUCUUAAAGCAUAUUUUCAUUA